AAUCGCGGAGGCGGCGGAGAGUGAAAGGGAAGGGGGCCGGGGUUGGAGAAAGAGAAAAGGCUGGAGUUCGGGCUAUCGGAGCCGGUUGGAAUCCCGCUCCGGGUUUUUAGGUCGACAUCCCCCUCGCCCACCGACCUGGUGUGUGUGCGCGCGCGGCGGCUGUCGGGGUUUGAAGCGGCGCGAGAAGCGGACGUUAGUAACGGUCGCCACCACCAACAACCGGGUUGGGGGCGUUUGGUAUCGCUGACGGUUCAUGAGAGUUAGCUGUGAUUUGCGUGUCGGAGCUGGGGACAGCAUUCAUCAUGUUAAAGUGAAGGAAAAGAGCUCAAAAUUGAACAUGCUAAAACGAUUUGACAAAAUAAGAUUUAGAGGACAGAAGCGAGAUGAAAUACUUGAUCUAGCAGAGUCUCCCAAUACAUCAGAUAAUGAAUGUACUGACGAAAUUACAAUGAAACCACCUCGCUGCUCUGUGAAAGAUUCUGAAGAACUGAAGGACCCUGCAGGUCCAGGGAUAUUAAAUAUGGCUUCAGGAAUUCAAGAUUUCAACAGGACAGAGUCUGACCGACUGAAUGAGAUCAAGGGACAUCUAGAAAUCGCCUUGCUAGAAAAGCAUUUUUUACAGGAAGAACUAAGGAAGCUGAGGGAAGAGACUAAUGCUGAAACACUAAAGCAAGAACUGGAAAAAGAAAAACUGAAACGAAUGGAGCUAGAACAGAAAGUAUCUGACAUACUUAAAACGAGAAGUGAUGAUUCUUCAAGUCAACAGUCUUUGAAAGUGCAACCUCCGGUGAAUGGAACAGAGAAACGUGGAAAAACAUUCUACUCCAGAGUUUACAAAUGGUUCUUUGAGAAGUUUUCAGUAUAUAUUGAAGAUUUCCAAUUUCAGCUUGAAGAGAACUCAGUAGAAACUGAAGAACCUCUGAGUGCUAAACGGUUAACAGAGAACAUGAGAAGAUUAAAAAGAGGUGCCAAGCCAGUUACCAAUUUCUUAAAGAACCUGUCGGCCUUAUCAAAUUGGCACUCUGUAUACACUUCUGUAAUUGCCUUUAUUAUCUACAUGAAUGCUGUAUGGCAUGGCUGGGCCAUUCCUAUGUUCUUAUUUCUGGCCAUUUUGAGGUUGUCUCUAAAUUACCUCAUAGCAAGGGGCUGGAGGAUUCAGUGGAGUAUUGUCCCAGAAGUAGCAGACCCCGGGGAGCCUUCAAAAGAAGACCUUACUGUAUCUGAAAAGUUCCAACUGGUCCUUGAUGUAGCACAAAAAGCACAGAAUCUUUUUGGCAAGAUGGCAGAUGUACUAGAAAAAAUCAAGAACUUAUUUACAUGGGUGCAUCCUGAAAUAACACAGAAGUUGUAUAUGGGUCUGUGGGUUGCUUUUGUUGCGUCUUGCUUCUUUCCAUACAGAAUUCUUGGCCUCAUUAUAGGGCUUUAUGCAGGAAUCAAGUUUUUUCUCAUUGAUUUCGUCUUCAAACGAUGCCCAAGGCUACGUGAAAAAUAUGAUACUCCUUAUAUCGUUUGGAAGAACUUGCCCACAGACCCACAAUUGAAAGAAAGAUCAAAUGCUACACUGACAAGACGGAUUCCAGCUGUAGCGUCCCGGAGCAGUGUCAGUGCCAACAGCAUGUCUGUGUAUAGCAGGGAAGAUGAAGGUGGACGUCCACAUAGUUCAAAGAAAAGCAAUUUCAGUGAAAUCUUUAACUUAGCAGAGGCUGAGCGCCCUUUGCCAGUGUGUGACAAUGGCUGGCGUUGCUGUCUGAUUAAUAGGGACAAGAAGAUGCCUACUGAUUACAUUCGGAAUGGUGUUCUUUAUGUAACUGAAAAUUGUUUAUGCUUUGAAAGCUCCAAGUCGGGUUCAUCCAAGAAAAAUAAAGUCAUAAAACUAAAAGACAUUACAGAUAUUCAAAAGUACAAAGUUUUGUCCGUUCUACCUGGAUCAGGAAUGGGUAUUUCAAUAGCUACUCCACAUACACAAAAGCCACUGGUGUUUGGUGCCAUGAUACACCGGGAUGAGGCCUUUGAAGCAAUAAACUCUCAAUAUACCAAAAUAAUGUCCAGUGCAUCCAACAACGAAACCUAACCAUGUGCUUACAAUAAGUCAGAUUCUGUAAUCAUUAGUGGGGAAGAGAAAGAGAAUUGGUUGGACAAAAGAAGUUCCAUUGAAUAUUUGUGUCAGUUGAUGGGUUUUGUACUGAAUUGGAAUAGAUAGAUGGUUUAUAUUGUAUUUUUUACUUGUAAAUUAAUUUUACAUUUGGUGAGGAUUCUCCACAAAAGUGCUAUUACUAUCACAGUAAUUCCUGCACAGUAAGCACUUUUGCCAUUUGUUUACAAGCAUUUUAAAUGUCAAUGAUUUAAGUUGAAAUUAAAUUUGGGUACGGGAAGAAUCAAAAUUAUUUUUUUUAAAUAAAAUUCAGAGAAACGUGAUUAAUCUAUGAAUGCCAACAUCAUGUAGUAUUCAAUGUCCAUUUCAGAUGGAAAGAGUUAUUAUUGAAGGUGUGAUCAUGUAAUGAGAAGGAACUAGUAACGUAAAAAUCAAGCGACUCUGUUGCAUCCCAAAUUUCAAAUAUGAAUCUUUUAAAUCUUAGUGAUCUUUCAGGAAUGUGUCUGUUUGAAGUGAUUGCUUAAACACGAAAGGGUUGGAGUAUAAUAUGUUGUCACUGCUACAUAUAUCACAAACUACUUUAGUAAUAAUCUUGUCCAGUGUUUGUAUAACAACAUGGUAGCAUCGUUUAAUUUUGUGUGCUUCAAACAGCAAAAUAUUUCCUUUAUGAACCCUAUUUGCUGAACUAUCAAGUUAAGAUUGAUUAUCCCCCACACCCAGAUAUACUGCUCCAAACCUGAUGAUGCCAAAGGAAAAGUGUGAAGUUACAAUUACUCUACACUCCGGUUGUGCCAUUAGAUGCUGCUAGUAAAUUGUGUUAGCAUAAGUUGUCUUUGCAACCAUAAUUGAAUUCUUCAACCAUAACAUUUGAAUAUAUCCAUAGUGAUAAUGUAUGCUCAUUAAUUCAUUUGUCCGUCUAAUACCAACCCUUUUUCAGCACCACUAAAUGUUCACCAGAUAGUAUGCGAGUGCUGAAGUGUGAUUCACUAUGAGAAGUGUCCUGUCUUAACUUAAUAUAACAGAUAAGGAACAGAGUAUGUGGAAAACAAUGAUGGGCAAGGAAUAGGCAUGUUCCCGUCCUGUCUCAUGUUUGAUGAAUGCUGCUUUACACACGUGCUGCAGAUAUUAUUUUUAAUGUUUCUUUCUCAUUCACUUAAGAGUACAAAGUAUUCCAUUCAAAUGAGUGAACAUGGGAUCCAACUGCACUGAUCUUUGAGGCUGCUUUUACACCCUCCUCCCCCAAAGUAUUUGGGUGGUGUUGCCAUAUGCCAGACAGUUCAGGUGCAGCAGCCGUAAAUCCAACUCCUCCCUGACAUUUGAUGCCUUUGUGUAGUUCAGCAGUUCCUUUCUCCUAUUAGUGAAGAAUACAGUUCAAAAUUCAUUAUUGUACUCAAAAGGUCUGAUUUAGACAUUUAGUUUGAAUGUGUGAUGCUACUGCAAGCCUUCAGAGGAUGAAGGAUGUUUUUAAAGUAUUGAAA